AUGGGCUCCAUUCCGACUCCUGACCCGGUCCGACUGGCCAUCCUCGUUACAGAUGAGCCGCUGCCUAGCGUAUCGGCCAAGCUAGGCCACUUCGACACCAUCUUCACGACACUUCUCAAAAAUGCAUGCGAAAGCCUUGACCCACCACAAACCCUGAAGUCUCAGCUGGCGCUGACUUCGUACAACGUGGUGGCUGAAGACGGUGUGGAUGUCGCUUACCCCGAGCCUGAGGAUGUCGAUGCCGUGCUCAUCACGGGAUCCCGGCAUUCGGCUUACGCGGACGAUGAAUGGAUUGUGAGGCUGACGGCUUUCAUCCGGAGGCUCCUGGAUGAGGGUCGUGUUCGCGUCAUUGGUGUUUGCUUCGGGCACCAGAUCGUUGCUCGCGCCCUUGGUGCACAGGUUGCUCGGUCUCCCGGAGGUUGGGAGCUGUCUGUCACGAAGCUGGAGUUGACAGACGAGGGCAAAGAAGUUUUUGGAUCUGAGAGCCUGAGCAUCUAUCAAACACAUCGCGAUGCAGUUCUCGGCCUGCCUUCUGGUGUCACAUUAUUAGCACACACCAAGCAAUGCCCAAUCCAAGCCCUGUAUGUCCCUCGGAGGUUCAUCACAGUGCAGGGCCACCCUGAGUUCUCCCCUUUCAUGAUGAGCGAGAUGCUACAGAUCCGCCAUCAGGCUGGUAUUAUCCCCGAAGAACCUUUCAAAGACGCAAUGUCAAGGUACUCGGAUGCUCACGAUGGAGUUCUCAUUGGACGAAGCUUUCUCCGCUUCUUAAGAGAGUGA